AUGAAUCCUAUUGAAGGUAUUGAUUUUAAAGUAAAGGCAGUAACGUUUAAUGAUACAAGAGUGAAACUUCAAAUAUGGGAUACAGCUGGCCAGGAACGAUUCCAUACACUUAGUACUAGCUAUUUUCGUGGCGCACAAGGCUUUGUUCUUGUAUAUGACAUCACAAAUCUGGACAGUUUUCAAAGUAUAACAAGCUGGAUGAGAGACAUACAUGAGAAAGCAGGUGACGAAGUGGAUGUAAUACUGUUGGGCAACAAGUGUGAUAAGGAGUCAGAACGUCUAGUUCCAAAACAGAAAGGAGAAAAGCUUGCUUGGGAACAUGGAAUACCCUUUUUUGAAACCAGUGCUAAAGAUAAUGUGAACAUUGAGGAGGCAUUCUCAGUCUUAACUAAGUACAUACUGGAAAAG